AUGGCGCAGUCAAACCUUAAGAUUGGUGACGCCGUCACCGUGCCAGGCGACAUGUUUGGCACCGUCAAAUUCAUCGGACGCGUCGCCAACAAGAAAGGCACUUUCGCCGGAGUUCAACUUGCCACGGAGUUUGCGCCGCGGGGCAAGAAUUCAGGAGAUGUCGAGGGCAAACAAUACUUCACAACCACCAUACCCGGCUCAGGUAUCUUCCUGCCGGUGGAAAAGGCUGUCAAGAGGCCUCCAAUACCUAAUGCGAACGGCGGCUCUGCCUUACGUACCCCUGGCACUCCUACGAGACUGUCGUCCUUCAAUGUUGGAGGCCGCACGCCCGGCACGACAAGCAAACCCAACUUCAGUCAGUCAGUCAACGCUGCUGGGAACUUCAAUGCUAUGCGCGCCGGUGCGGCGAGUCCGGGUCUCAAGCCACCCAUGCGUCGAGAGUCCCUACCACGUCCACAGAGCCCUUUACGCAAAUCGGCAUCUCCGGUUAAGACGGGGCUCGCUACCCCAAAGUCGCGCCCAGGUGCGCCCGGACUUGCAAGAAGCCAAGUAGGAGGGCCAGGAGGAUAUCGAAGCGCAGGUCCAAAACCCUCGCUGGGUGGUGGUAAUAAGUUCAGCCAGAGCCUACGCGCGGCGUCCAUGGCCUCGACCUUGACCACACAGUCCGAAGACUCACUUGGUCCAGAGCCAAGUUUCGAUGAAGUGCCAGAAGAGGAGGCUGAAGACACGCCCACGCCUACGCCUAGCGGAGCGGCAAAGCAGCCAGGAGAGGCGCAGCCAGACCGCCUACAUCAAGAAGAAAAGGCUCACUUGCAAAAGAUGCUCGACGAGAAGGAUCGCGCGUUACGGGAACAGAACAACAGUAUAGCGGAGAUGGAACGCAACCUCACCGAGCUACAAAAACUGGUGCCAGGGCUAUCUGACGGCUUUUCACCUGCGCCCCGAUCAAGGAUGCAGCAAGAUAUCGAGGACGAAGAUCUGCCGCGUGAUGUUGCCGCCCUACGUGGGGCAUUGCGCGAGAAGAACGAGAAAAUCAAGCUGCUCACGGCAGAGUUCGAUAAUAAUCGCGCAGACUUUCGCUCAACGAUCGAUACUCUGGAAAUGGCGUCGACAGAAACAGAACGCGUGUACGAAAAACGCGUUGACGAGCUGCUGGAAGAGGUGCGCCACUUACAAGACCGUAGCGAGGAUGUUGAUAGCGUUGCACAGCAGCUGAGACAGCUUGAGGAGCUUGUCCAGGAGCUCGAGGAAGGAUUGGAAGAUGCCCGGCGCGGAGAGGCAGAAGCUCGAGGCGAGGUGGAGUUUCUACGGGGGGAAGUCGAGCGCAGUCGCAGUGAGCUCAGGCGCGAACGGGAGCGGAAAAGGACUGAAGAACAGCUGAACGGGUAUGGCAACAGCGAGAGCGGUCCCAACUAUGACCAGGAACGACUCGACGAGAUGAACAGCCAGCUCGACAGUAAGGAUGAUGAAAUCCGGGGUCUCAAGGCCAUCAUCCGCACUCUGCAGACCACCGAAGCCGCCAUUCCGAAGGCGAAUGGAGUCAAAACCGCCCUUCCGAGGAAUGAGUCUGGCGACCUCCGCGAUGGGGAUGGCAACCAUCUCAGUAUGCAACAGCAGAUCCACGACCUUGAGGCACUCUUGCAACAGAAAACGGCACAUCAAGAAGAGCUCGAGAACGAAGUGACCAAGCUCAGAAACUCGGUUCAAUUCGGCAAAUUUCCCAUGACUGGGCAUACGGCUUUCGGUCUUCGCAGUGGCGGCAAUGGCUACAAUAGCAGACCGAAUUCCGGGUACGCAGACAACAAGGACAAGGACAAGCACGUCAGCACUGGCACGCAGGGCAGUCAGAAGACGGUCGUGCUCAGUCCGAAGAUUGGGGAGCAUGGCAGCGGCAACCAAUGGCACGAUGCGGACGAGGAAACAGGAAGCCCAAGCCGUGGCGGCCGCGGGGGCGAAGAUCAGGAUGCACUAGGCCACAAGCGCCAGGUGUCUGAUACUGAGGUGCACAGUGAAGCAUCAGAGUCAUCGGCGACAGCGUGGUGCGAGAUCUGCGAAGAGUCCGGGCACGAUAUCCUGUCGUGCAAGAACAUGAUGGGCUCCGGUGGUGCGGUGCAGGACGACAGGUCUCAUAUGCGCAACAAGCAGAGCGAGAGCAUGCCUGCGCCGUUGAUGAGCAGGAAGUCCACCAAGGACUCGGUACAGACAGUGACUGGAAAUGGCGCGUCGAACGGUGACGGACGGGGAAACGGCGCCCUCGUCCACACAUCGGCGCCAUCCAGUCCACCCGAUUCAGAACUGCCGCCGCCGCCGCCGCCUGCGAGAAAUGACAGCGAUGACAGCAAGCGGGAGCUGAAGAUGCCCAUUGAGGGCACCGGCGCGCAGGCUGGUAUGUGGGCUGGAAAGAGCACGGGAGUGAUCGAUCCUGACAAGUGGUGUGCGUUGUGCGAACGGGAUGGGCACGAGAGCGUGGACUGUCCGAUUGAAGAUGCGUUCUAG